UUCCAAUCGGCGCCGGAAAUGUUUAAGGAUCUACACUUUUUUGCACCGGAAAUCGAAACGAAAGCGUUUUCCAUUCUCGGACAAAUUAUGGAACAGAGAAAUUACAAGCCAUCGGGUAGAAAUGAUUUUAUGGAUUUGAUGCUGGAGUUAAGACAGAAGAAUAAAGUUGUUGGGGAGUCCGUAGAGAAGUUCAACCCUGAUGGCACACCGCAGAUAGUCGAACUGGAACUUGAUGAUAAACUUAUUUGUGCUCAAAUAUUCGUUUUCUUCGCUGCUGGCUUCGAGACUUCUUCGUCAGCUAGCAGUUACCUACUACACACGCUGGCUUUUCAUCCAGAAAUCCAGGAACGCUGCCAGAAGGAAGUAGAUGAUGUACUGAAGAACUAUGAUGGUAAACUCUGCUUUGACGCGGUACACGAUAUGAAAUAUCUGGCGAUGGCGUUUAAAGAAAGCAUGCGACUGUUACCUUCGCCUGGUUUUCUUUUAAGAAAAACCUUAUCGAAGUACAAAAUACCUGAAUCAGACGUUACUCUGGACGAAGAUACCAUGGUGAUUAUAUCGACCGACGGCCUCUGUUCGGAUGAAAAAUACUUUGACGAGCCAGAAAAGUUCAUUCCGGAACGAUUUCAUCCGGAUAAUAUCCGCAAAAUACAGCCUUGCACGUUUAUGCCUUUCGGAGAGGGACCCAGAGCCUGUAUAGGUGAGCGUAUGGGCUUGAUGCAGUCACUGGCAGGAGUAGCGACAAUCUUGAACAAGUUUACAGUGGUGCCGUCUCGUAACUCGGUCCGCAAGCCUCUUAUUGACCCUAAAUCUAUUUUGGUCGAGACGAUCAUCGGAGGCUUGCCGUUAAAUCUGAUACGAAGGAAGAAAGUGUGAUUAGUUUGUAAUAAGUAUAAUGUACGGUUUCAAUAUAAAAUCAAUACAUGUAAAUAUUGAAAAUAGA